GGAGGAGGAGGAGGAGGAGGAGGAAGAGACCUGGAUGGACGGGGACGCCCAGAGCUUCUCUCAGUUCCUGCUGCUGACGGAGCAGCACCGGGAGCUGCAGCAGCACGUGGAGCAGCUCCGGGCCGCCGUGGCAGCGGCCGAGACCCCCGAGGAGCCGGGGGGACCCCCGGGGGACCCCGAAAUGGAGACCCGGGAGCUGCGGGAGCGCGAGAGGAGGGGGAGGGAGGAGCUGCAGCACCUGAGGGCAGGUCUGUCGGAGCUGCUGGCCCAGCUGGAGGAGGCACAGGGGGACCCCGACCCCCCCCAGGAUUGGGGGGGACCCCUCCCAAAAUUGGGGGGACCCCUCCCAGGAUUGGGGAGACCCCCAAAAUUUGGGGGACCCCCUGUGGGAGCAGCUGCGGCGCCUGGAAAUCGGGGUGACCCGGCUGCUGCUGCGGGGGGGGGCACCCCAAAACCCGGUGCUGAGCCGCGAGGGACCCCUCCCCACCCCCCCCCGUCUGAAUCUGGGGGGUCCCUGAGCGCCCCCCCCCCCCCACACCGGAUGUCAGGGUCCCCCACCCCGUUGCCAUGGCAACCCAACCCCCCCACCUCCCAGCAGCUCAACACCCUCAAGGUGUAA